GUUAUGAUAGAUGGUAAUAAUGUGAAAGAACUCAAUAUUUCAUGGCUGAGAAAACACAUUGGUGUAGUUGGACAAGAGCCAGUUCUUUUCAAUACCACCAUUGCUGAGAACAUUGGCUAUGGAGCUGAUGGAGCAACAGAAAGUGAUAUCCAAGAGGCUGCUAAGGAAGCAAAUGCCCAUGAUUUUAUAUCAAAACUACCACAGGGCUACAACACUCUUGUUGGAGAAAGAGGUGCACAGUUGUCUGGUGGACAGAAACAGAGAAUUGCCAUUGCUCGUGCUUUGGUACGAAAACCAGUUAUUUUGCUUCUUGAUGAAGCUACAUCAGCCCUUGAUGCAACAAGUGAGUCAAAAGUCCAACAGGCUUUGGACAAGGUAAGCAAAGGUCGGACAACUGUCAUUGUUGCUCACCGCCUGUCAACAAUUAGGACAGCAGACAAGAUUGUCGUCAUUUCGAAUGGAAAGGUUGUAGAGCAAGGAACACACAUGGACCUGUUAGGUCUGAGAGGACACUACCAUGCACUGGUCAAUGCACAGCAACUAAAUGCAAUUGAUGAAAUAGAGAACAAGAAUGAAGAUAAGUCUGAAGGCAAGGUGCAAAGACUUGGCCGGAUGACAAGAACAUCUACUGGAUCUGACUUCAGCAUUCAUGAAGAUGAGAGACCAACAGUGAUUGAAGAUAUUGAAGAACAUCAACCCCCACCAGUCUCCAUGAUGAGGAUUCUGAAGAAGAACAUGCCUGAGUGGCCAUUCAUCCUCAUAGGAAGCCUUGGAUCCAUUGUCAUGGGCUUUGCUAUGCCAAUUUUUGGAGUUCUUUUUGGAGAUAUUUUAGGGGUGAUGGCCAGACCGGAUGACCAAGAAGUGCGUGAUGGAACAGAUGAGUACAGCUUGUAUUUCGUUAUAGCUGGUGUUGCUGUUGGUAUUGCCACCUUUCUGCAAAUUUACACAUAUGGGGUAGCAGGUGAGAAACUGACGAUGCGACUUCGUGGGGAACUGUUUGAAUCAAUGGUCCAGCAGGAAGUUGCAUGGUUUGAUAAGAAGUCCAACAACUCAGGUUCGCUCUGUGCUCGUCUCUCAGGGGAUGCUGCAAGUGUGCAGGGUGCCACAGGUCAGCGUGUGGGAAUAGUGCUGCAGUCUAUAGCCACAAUUGGGUUGGGGGUAGCACUUGCCCUUUACUAUGAAUGGCGUCUUGGCCUAGUUACAUUGUGUUUCACUCCUGUCAUUCUGGUGGCACAGUACUUGUUCUUGAAAAGUUCCAGAGGUGAAACUUUCAGCAAUCAACAGGCAUUGGAGAAGUCCAGCAAGAUCGCAGUAGAAGCAGUUGGUAACAUCCGUACUGUGGCAAGUCUGGGACGAGAACAGACAUUUCACGAGCUAUACAUGUUGGAAUUACUUCCAGCUCAUAAAGUAGCAUUACGCAACACUCAUAUACGAGGACUAGUGUUUGGAUUGGCCCGAAGUAUAAUGUUCUUUGCAUAUUCUACAACCAUGUACUAUGGUGGACAACUUAUGGUUGAAGAUGGAAUUCCCUUUGAAACUAUUUUGAAGGUAGGACAGACACUGAUGAUGGGUACAAUGUCAAUAGCCAAUGCCAUAGGCUUUGCUCCCAACUUCCAAAAAGGAAUUGCUGCAGCUUCACACAUCUUUCAUCUUCUGGAUAGGAAACCACAAAUCUAUGAUCCUCCACAAGUCAGUGAAAGAAACUGGACUCCAGAAGGUAAUGUGAAAUACCAGCAGGUAGAAUUCUUCUAUCCAUCAAGACCCAGCAUCAGUGUUCUUCAGGGUUUAAAUGUUGAUGUGCUGGAUGGUCAAACUGUGGCCCUAGUUGGACAAAGUGGUUGUGGAAAGUCAACUUGCAUACAGCUCCUCGAAAGAUUCUAUGAUCCUGUCUCAGGCUCUGUGUGUAUUGAUGAGCAUGACGUGUCGUCAGUUACCAUGCAUUCGCUAAGGUUGCAGCUUGGUAUUGUAUCACAAGAACCAGUGUUGUUUGACAGAACCAUAGCUGAGAAUAUAGCAUAUGGAGACAUUGGCCGAACAGUUCCCAUGUCAGAAAUUAUUGAGGCUGCCAAGAAAGCCAAUAUACACAACUUCAUAACUACUUUACCACUUGGAUAUGAUACUCGUCUGGGUGAGAAAGGAACACAGUUGUCUGGAGGACAGAAGCAGAGAGUUGCCAUUGCAAGAGCACUGAUCAGAAAUCCCAGAGUACUGUUGCUUGAUGAAGCAACUUCAGCACUUGAUACUGAGAGUGAAAAGGUCGUUCAAGAAGCACUGGACAAAGCAAAGGUGGGCCGCACUUGUAUCAUAAUUGCACAUCGCCUUUCAACCAUACAAGAUGCUGAUGUGAUAUUUGUAAUGAAUCAUGGGCAGGUUGCUGAAAUGGGUACCCACAGUGAACUGUUGUCCAAACAUGGAUUGUACUAUAAACUUUGUAGUAUGCAGAGUGGACCAAGGUGAAAGAGGUAUGAAUAAAAUAGUGCUGGAUGUUAUUGUCAUCGACAAAAAUCAGACCUUCUGACUACUUCAUAACUGGUAAUUUAUUUCCUCAUUCAUACUAGUAGUUUUAACCUGUCAUGUCAAUGCCUUAUGUUGUUGCAGAUUUAUAUUAAUAAUUACAGUGUGCUGUAUUUUAUAAUAAUAUGUAUGAAAAAUAGUUUCUCUCUAGAGAAAAAGCAUAUGCAAGAUUUUGCACAAAAUUAUUUCAUUUUUAACUUUGCACAGGUACUAUAAUAUGAGGGUUAUCCAGAAAGUAAGUUCCAAUGGGCUAUUGAAAAAAAAAUACAGUAGAACUUGGUUAUAACGUCGUCAAAGGGACCUAAAAAUAGUGUCGUUAUAAA